GAGCGCUGCGCGCAUGCGCACUCGCCCUGUACGGCCAUGGAGCACAUGCGCGACCCGGAAGGCCUGUCUGCCACAUUCCACAACGGCCUUGAGUUGUCGAUGGCGGAGGGAGCGAAGAAGGCCCCAGCAGAGAGUGGAGGUGACAGCAACUCAGCAGUCAGCGCGUCGGAACGGGGAGUGGCGCCCAUUAAAUCUCAAUACCUCACCACCAAGGAACAGUUUCACCAAUUCCUGGAAGCCAAAGGGGAGAAGCUCCAGCAGGAAUCAGAGGCAGGAGACCCUGAUGGCAAUGACCUGGCUGAGCCUAGGGCCAAGAGGAUCCGACUGGAGGAUGGGCAGGCCGAGGAUGGGCAGGCAGCUGAGCCCGGGCAGCAGCCACAGGCCCAAAAAAGGGCCCGGGGCCAGAACAAGAGCCGGCCCCACUUGAAGCCCACACACUAUGACAAGACCAGGCUCUGCCCCUCACUGAUUCAGGAGUCUGCUGCAAAGUGUGUCUUUGGUGACCGCUGCCGCUUCCUGCAUGACGUGAGCCGCUACCUGGAGACCAAGCCGGCCGACCUGGGCCCCCGCUGUGUGCUCUUUGAGACCUUCGGCAGGUGCCCCUAUGGUGUGACCUGUCGCUUCGCUGGGGCCCACCUGGGGCCCGAGGGCCAGAACCUGGUGCAGGAGGAGCUGGCCUCGGACUGGGCCCACCGCCAGCCAGUGCGCAACAGCCUGAACAAGGCCCUGCAGCAGCAAUUGCGCAAGCGCAAGAUCCGCUUCGAGCGAGCUGAGCUCGCCCUGCGCCAGCUGAGCCAAGGCCAGCUGCCAGGCCCUUCGUUGGCUGGUGCCGUCCUCGAGGCCACCACAGCUGAGGGCACCCCAGGGCAGAGCGACUGUGGCGCCCAGCAGGCCCCCGCUGGGCCAGACGCUGGCUGCUCUCCCAGCCGCCCUGUGCAGACCUGUGGCCCCCUGACGGACGAGGACGUGGUCAGGCUGCGGCCCUGUGAGAAGAAGCGGCUGGACAUCAGCGGCAAGCUGUACCUGGCCCCCCUCACCACGUGCGGGAACCUGCCCUUCCGGCGGAUCUGCAAGCGCUUUGGGGCGGAUGUGACAUGUGGGGAGAUGGCUGUGUGCACCAACCUGCUGCAGGGCCAGAUGUCUGAGUGGGCCCUGCUCAAACGCCACCAGUGCGAGGACAUCUUCGGUGUCCAGCUGGAGGGCGCCUUCCCCGACACCAUGACCAGGUGUGCAGAGCUGCUGGGCCGCACCAUCGAGGUGGACUUUGUGGACAUCAACGUCGGCUGUCCCAUCGACUUGGUGUAUAAGAAGGGCGGGGGCUGCGCACUCAUGAACCGUUCGGCCAAGUUCCAGCAGAUCGUCCGCGGCAUGAGCCAGGUGCUGGACGUGCCGCUGACAGUGAAGCUGCGCACGGGCGUCCAGGAGCGUGUGCAGCUGGCGCACCGCCUGCUGCCGGAGCUGCGGGACUGGGGUGCGGCCCUCGUCACGCUCCACGGCCGCUCUCGGGAGCAGCGGUACACCAAGCUGGCCGACUGGGAGUACAUCGCCCAGUGCGCCAAGGCCGCCAGCCCCAUGCCGCUGUUCGGAAAUGGGGACAUCUUGUCAUACGAGGAUGCCAACCACGCCCUGAAGACGGGAGUGGCCGGGGUCAUGAUUGCCCGCGGGGCCCUGCUGAAGCCGUGGCUGUUCACGGAGAUCAAGGAGCAGCGGCACUGGGACAUCUCGUCCUCCGAGCGCCUGGACAUCCUGAGGGACUUCACCAGCUACGGGCUGGAGCACUGGGGCUCAGACACGCAGGGCGUGGAGAAGACCCGUCGCUUCCUGCUGGAGUGGCUGUCCUUCCUGUGCAGGUACGUGCCCGUGGGCCUGCUGGAGCGGCUGCCGCAGAGGGUCAACGAGCGGCCACCCUACUACCUGGGCCGCGACUACCUGGAGACGCUGAUGGCUAGCCAGCAGGCGGCCGACUGGAUCCGCAUCAGCGAGAUGCUCCUGGGACCUGUGCCGCCCGGCUUCGUCUUCCUGCCCAAGCACAAGGCCAAUGCGUACAAGUAGCGGCCCACAGGCCCCGGCCCCCGCGUGGACAAGACAAUAAACACGGCUCACUCUGGGA